AUGACUUUUACGGAGUGGCGUAAGCUGCCGGUUAGCUUAUCAGAACUAUGUAUCAAUACGACACUUCGUUGCGGCCAAUCUUUCAGAUGGCAUCAACUCCCUGAAAAGGAAGAAUGGCGAUGUACACUCUAUGGGCGAUUGCUUUCUUUGAAGCAGGAUUCCAACAAUCUAUACUAUCGGACAUAUCAAACUCAAACUGCUCCAUCACUUCCCACUCCACCAACCUCGGAAAUCCCUUCGCGCGCGCAAUCAGAUUUGGACAGCAGCGGCGACAGUACGAAUGACCAAACACUGCGCAUUAUAAAACAUUACCUCAAUUUGACCCCAAAUCUGAGUGAGCUCUAUACACAAUGGUCUGCGCAAGAUCCCAACUUCAAGAAAAAGGCUGUCCAAUUUGCCGGCAUUCGGAUAUUGCGCCAGGAUGCAUGGGAAGCCUUGGUCUCGUUCAUUUGCAGUAGCAACAAUAACAUUGCGCGGAUUUCUCAAAUGGUAGAGAAGCUUUGUCUCCAUUAUGGACCAUUUGUGGCUACAGUUGACGGCCGCGCCUAUCACGAUUUUCCAACGCCCGAGGCCCUCGCUGGCGAGGACGUCGAAAGCAAUCUGCGCGGCUUGGGUUUCGGGUAUCGAGCCAAGUACAUCUAUCGGACCGCUAUUAUGGUGUCCGAGGAAAGAGAUAAGGGAUGGUUGAAUAGUCUAUGUAACCCCGAGACACCUGCAUUUGGUAUGGAGGCUACACCAGGCGAUGAGAUGAGACCUGAAGGAAGACUGGGCUACCGAGAGGCCCAUGAGAAGUUACUUGAACUUCAGGGUGUUGGACCCAAAGUGGCGGACUGUGUAUCCUUAUUUGGUCUAGGAUGGGGUGAAUCCGUGCCCGUUGAUACACACGUAUGGCAAAUCGCGCAGCGAGAUUAUCGCUUUGGGAAAGGCUCGCACAAGUCAUUGACAAAGGCAACGUACGACGCUGUGGGAAACCAUUUUCGCAAACUUUGGGGGCAGGAAGCAGGCUGGGCACAUAGUGUGCUCUUUACGGCAGACUUACGGUCAUUCGCAGACCGGCUUGCGGCGACGAAGAAGGUUGAUGUGACUGUGAAAGAGGACGAUUCAACAGUCGAGAUCAAGACAGAAGUAACGACUGCUGUGACUCUCACAGCCCUUAAGCAGGAGGAGGAUGUUAAGGUGAAGGUGGAAGAGCAUGAAGAUAUGUCUCUAAUUGAACAGCCUCGUGGGAGGAAACGCAAGGCAACGCCAACGCCGGAGGAAGUAAAGCACGAGUCGCAGACUACAGAGACCCGGAGGAUGUCCAAGAGAACCCGGCGAUGA